UAAACUUCCGCUACAACAAACACGUGUGGAAGAGAGCAGAAUUUGAUGGUGAUUUCGGUGUUAAGGAACUUUUAAAACAGAACCUUGGAAUUGCUUGGAGGUGCAUUACAUGUGGACAAACAAAAGCAGAAACAUAUGUGAAGUUGUAGCUUGAAGCUGCUUCAAACUGAAGAAGAACUGUAAAAAGGAAUCUGAAAAUUCCAAAAGCAAAAUGAAAGACAAACAGAACACAGAAUCCAAAGAAUCAAUGAAGGAAAAGAAGUCAAAGUUAGAAAAUAAACUUUCUGGGAAUCUUUUGAAAACUGUUGGAAUUAAGAAACCGAAACAGAAAACAAAAGGAUUAAAUGGUGUGUCUAAUGAGUCUGAGGACUGUAGUCAUUUUGUCAAACCAAAGAAAAAACUGAAAUCAAAGAUUUCAGAUAAGUCUUUAAAACCAGACAAAGUCAAGAAAAAGAAAAGAAAAAUGUCUCCAGAAAUUACUGAAAGUAGCAACUACCUCAAUACAGAUGUGAGAGAACAACCCCCAAAGAAGAAAAGAAAAAAAAGUUCAGAAGAGUUGUUUGAUCAUUCAGAAACUCUGUGUGGACAUGUUUCAGAAGAGAAAUCACACAAACUUUCAGAUGUCAGUGAGAAGUAUAUUGACAGCUCACAGGAAAAAAAACGAAAAAAGAAAAACAGUGGCUUAGUUUCAGAGGAAAGAUCACCUAAAAAUUUAUCUGUCCCUGCUAAUGAAAGCCUUCUGUUGAAUGUCAAUGAUAAGGCGAGAAUUGAUACACAUUUAAAGAAAGGGAAGAAAAAGAAGAAGGAGCAUGUAUUGGAGGAAAUAUCACACCAACAUUUAUCUGCAGUUUCACGCGAAAGCCUUCCUUCAGAUGUUAGUGAGGAUGAUAAUGAUAGCUCACAGGAACGGAAAAGAAAGAGAAGAAAGGAUAAACAGCACAUUCCAGAAGGCGAGCUAGAUAGCAGUAAAGAUUCAGGCACUGUACUGAUAAAGAAAAAAAAGGAUAAAAAGAAAAAGAGGAAAAAGGAUGAAGAUGAUAAUACAGAAGAAUCUGAAGAUGCAAGCAUGUCAGCCCAGGCUGCUGCAGUUAAUUAUCUGAAAACUUGGUCAGAUGACAAAGACAACUGGAAGUUUCAAAAAGUUCGACAAGUGUGGUUACUGCAGCAUAUGUAUGAUGAUUCUAAGAUACCCAGUGCAGACUUUGAGAGAUUACUGCUCUACUUGGAAAAUUUGAAGGGGAAAGCAAAAGAAGAAACACUUGCUAAAGCCUCAAAAAUUAUUGAAGCUGAAGACAGUAGUUGUGAUGAAAGUGACGAUGGACAAGAAAAAACGACAAGAGCUCGACAGGUUAUACAAAUGCUCAAUUGAUCAGUGAGAGCACUUCAACAAACCACCCUUAUAAUAUAUAAUGUGAUGGGUUAUAUUUAGUACAAAGAUACAUUAUACCAAGGCCAGAUACUUUGUUACUAGAUAGUGAUAUCUGUAAAAUGUUGAUACUGGGGAAAAGACAAUGUUAGGUCAUAAUGUGGG